GUUCGUGCUUACUUCUGUCUCGCCCCUCACCCGGCAUCGACGGUCCUCCGUCGUAGGCGCGCGCCACCGGUCAACAACAACAACCUCUCUCUCUCUCUCUCUCUCUCUCUCCGGUCAAGCAUGCCGUUCCUGCUCACCGAGCUGCCGUGGGGCCAAGUGCUUGUCGAGGCCGCCAUACUCGUCGCCGAGCUCCUGUUGAUCCUCUUCCGCCUGGUCCCGUUCUCGUGCUACCUCGUCAUUCCGCAGGCGCUGUUCGUCGGCAUCGUCUGCCACAACCUGCCCGUCAAGCCGGCGGGCAUCGCCGCGUCGAUCAGCCUGCGCGUGCCGCUCCUCGCCCUGACGCUGUACGCGCACUACGCGAUCGGCAUGCGACUGCCGCACGUGCACGCGCUCCUCCUCUACGCGCUCGACUUCCCCUUCUUCUUCGACAUACUCGCAUGGACCCUCCUCCUCGGCCGCUGCGCCUCCCUCACCCAGCAAGCCAAGGCGCAGCCGACCGUCGACCUGGUCGCAGCCCUGCGAAAGGUGCGGCCAAACAAGCCGAAGCUGGGCAAGCGAGUGGUCAUCGUGGGGAACGGGCCUUCGGUGCGCGGCGUCGGGACGAAGAUCGACACUUUCGACGAGGUCGUGCGCUUCAACCACUUUUGGUGCGGGGGCGACGAGAUGGUGCAGCACCGCGGCUCGCGCACCACCGUCCACUUUUCAAACUCGUACCUCUUCACGUCGCGCAACAUGGCCCACGUGGAGCCGCAGGGCAGCGGGGCCGUGCGAGCAGACUCGGAGCCCGUCGCGGUGCUCCCGAUGCUCACCAACUCUUGCAUGCUCGCGCCGAUGCACCUCAUGCUGCGCCUCUUCCCGCCCGCCGGUGUCGUCUCGAUGGACGUGCGCGGCGUGCUCAGGCACAUCGCCUCCGCCGUCCUCUUUUCCCCCGCGUGGAACGAGCGUCUCUCGGCAGCCGUCUCGCUCCCAAGGGGAAAGUACCUCACGACCGGCGCGUCGGCGGUCGGAUCCUUCUGCGAGCUCCUCGACGCCGGCGAGGUCGAGGAGAUCGUGCUUGUCGGCUUCGACGGCUUCAAGCCGGGCCAGCCCAAGCACUACUUUGAGAACUUCGAGCCGUGGCACGAGCGUGUCCUCGGCUGGUUCAUCGAGGACCUCCUCAAGCAGUCGAAUCACGACCCUCGCUCCGAGCAGCUCUACAUCGGCAAGCUGCUCAAGGAGGGCAAGGUCAAGUUCAUGGAGUGAGCGAGAGGGUCGCGGUGGGCCGCGUCCAUUCAACAACCGACCGCCUUCACUCCCGCGCGCCAAUGUACUCUCUAGACGUGAGUUGCCUUUGCUCCGGCCUGGGCGGCCGAGGUGUGUUGCGCACAUUUGUUUGGGUGCAUAUAUGCAGCCACAGCCGAGGCUGGGUGGUGGGGGGUGUUUGAGAGGCACAUAUCAGAGAGACAAAGAGAGUGGGCGUGGUCCGUGGAGAGCGGGUGGGGCUCCCCACCGGCAGCGGCUGUGGUGGGAUGCGUGCGUUAUAGGACCUGUACUUAUUAGUUCUUUGGUGUUUGGAGACGCGAC